AUGUCCAGACAGCCGUACCAUGGGUCUACACGAGCGCUUGUCAUUGCCUUUGACGUUGGCACGACGUUCAGCGGUGUAUCUUACAGCGUGUUGGAUCCCGGAGCUGUGCCAGAAAUACGAACAGUCACCAGAUUUCCGUCUCAGGAUCAAGUAGGAGGGGAUUCGAAGAUCCCCACAAUCGUUUACUAUGAUAGAGAAGAUAAGGUCGUGGCAGUCGGUGCCGAAGCGGUUCGGGAAGGUAUUCAAGGCGUAGCAGAGGAGGGUGGGUGGGUCAAGGCAGAAUGGUUCAAGCUGCACCUGCGGCCCGCUCAGAUGGCUGCUGGCCUCGCAGACCAGGAGUCACAACUUCCAUGUCUCCCUCCGAACAAGACCGCUGUCCAAAUCUUCGCCGAUUUUCUGAGAUACCUGCGUGACUGCACGAAGCAGUAUAUCCAGGAAACGGAGGCGAACGGAGAGUCCCUGUGGGAAUCCCUAGAAGGCAGCAUCCACUAUGUCAUUACGCACCCCAACGGCUGGGAGGGCUAUCAGCAGUCACAACUCCGGAGCUCAGCGGUAUUAGCCGGCCUAAUUCCCGAGUCUGAGGAGGGCAAUUCACGGGUUUCAUUUGUGACGGAGGGAGAGGCCAGUCUCCACUUCUGUGUGCUAAACGGUUUGGCAGAAACCGUGACGACGGAUGGAAACGCCAUUCUAAUAGUGGACGCUGGAGGUGGGACGAUCGAUCUAAGUGCUUACCGCCAUGUAGCGGAGAAGCAAGAAUUUGAAGAGACCAUUGCUCCUCAAUGCUACUUCCAAGGAUCUGUCUUUGUGACCACUCGAGCGCAAGAGCACCUGAAAAGUCUCCUUGAGGGUUCCAAGUUUGCUGAUGACGUCGAACAUAUUGUCCAGCGCUUCGACAAAAGAACGAAGCUGGCGUUCCGUGACGACACUCAAGUCCAGUUCAUCCAAUUUGGCUCGGUCCGGGAGAAUGACCCGUCGUUGGACAUCCGCUCAGGUCAGCUAAAGCUGAAAGGAUCUACAGUCGCCGAAUUCUUCGAGCCUUCAAUUUCUUGCAUUCAGGCUGCCAUUGGUAAGGCAUGUACUGAGUCCCAGCAUCCCAUCUCGACCGUUAUCCUGGUUGGUGGGUUUGCAGCCAGCGAUUGGCUGUACAUGAAACUUGAGGAGCGAUUGAAGGAGAAGGGUCUUAAACUAUGGAGACCCGAUCGACAUGUCAACAAAGCCGUAUCCGAUGGAGGUGUCUCGUUCUAUCUCGACAAUCUCGUCAAGGCCCGGGUCUCGAAGGCUAUGUACGGCGUGACUUGCUACGUCACAUACAACCCCAAGAAUCCCGAACACGAACAGCGGAAGGACAAAAUCGAAGUUCACGAGACGACAGGAGAAACGAUUCUAUGGGACGCCUUCGAUACCAUCCUACCCAAGAAUCAACGCGUCACCGAAACGCAAGAAUUCAGACGAGGAUACUCCUUCAUCUUCAAGACCCAAGAGGAGAAGGUCGAGCUGAAAGAAGAGAUCAUCCGGUACGAUGGAACACUGGACAAACCGCUGUGGAUUGAGAAGGAUUCGAGUGAUUUCGUGAAUGUUUGCUCAGUCGUCGCGGAGGUUGUUGCGCCUGAAUACAAGAAACAAGUCAAUCCCUCGACCUCUGAGCCUUAUUGGGAACUGGACAUCGACAUCGUCGUUCUGUUUGGGUUGACCGAGCUGAAGGCCCAAGUUUGCUGGAAGGAGAAUGGUAUCGAACAAAGGAGUCCGGCCACCAUUAUCUUCCACGAGCAAUGA